CUUGCUGCCCUCCCGAGCCUGCAUCAGGCACGAAGGGAUUUAUUCUAUGUACGUAUGUACACCGUUUGCUGACCGACACCACAUCCACGGGCCAUGUCACAUACCAGCCAAGGUACCUGUUCUUCCACCGGUUCGUCGUUGGAACGUUCGAGCUCUCCGUUGUCAGGCUUCAUCCACUCCUCCCCCAUAGGAUUAGCUGACCACCGGGCUGGACUCUUCACUUUCACCGGCACUUCUGACGCAAUGCCUCGCGCCGCCAUUGGGGGUUGUUUUCGCGGGGGCGCAAGUUCGCAUCCUAGCUAUCAGCCAUGCGAGGUGAAUUGGGCCGGCCUAGCUUUGCCUCUCUCAGAUGCUAGCAGGGUCCGGGUUGAUGGCGCUUCAAGUGAGUGGCCCGACGACAGCAUAUCAUAUGGCUUCUCGCUUCUUGUUGGUGGACGGCAAAACCGCACUAGCUGCGUCUUCGCAUGCUUUGCAAGUCAUGCUCCUCCCCCACCUUAUCGAGGUACCCUCUGGCUAGAAUUAAUGUCUGGGAAUUUGCCUGUGGUUGGGGGACGCAAGAUGGAAACGGUUCAAGAAACUAGGUGUCAGAAGUCAGGUUCCGUCUACAUCUCGGACCUCUUGGACGCCUGUUUCUCGACUGGGCUCUUUCCUCCGCUGGGCUUCCAAUGUAUUGGGAUGUUUGAACGUGGGAUAUUACAUUUGCAAGCCAAUCGAUGUUUCCUUCAGUAAGUAAGGGGGAUUCAGGCCGUCACGUUCUGUCAGUUCCACUCAGGGUUCCAAAUUCGUACGAGAUCCUUGGGGCAAGUGCCUCAAUGUCUUCUUCUGUUUAUCUUUGAC